UAAAGCUGAGCUGGAGCAGAGACAAAGAAAUUGGCUGGAGGACUAGCGUUUCGAAAACCCUAAUCGAUCCGAGUAACAAUCUGAAUCUAAGCGAGAGUAAAAAAGCUAUGUCGGAUCCUUACGAGAGGGUUAAAGGGGGAAGGUUAGCGUUCAAAGGAGGCGAUCUAGCCACGAGGAAGUCGAUCGAAAAGAAGAAGAAGAAGCACAAGAAGAACAAGGAAAAGCUUGAGGUCCAAAAUAUGGCUCCCGACGGUUCAGAGACUUCCGCCGCCGCCGCCGCCGUUGGAGACGAUGAUAUUUACUCUAUUGACGCCGCGAAGAAGAAGAAGUACGAUGAGCUAUUUCCCGUGGAGGCAAAGAAGUUCGGUUACAUUCCGAAAUCAAACUUCGAAUCCGUCGCAGAGGCUCUGGACGAUCGUGUCAAGAAGAAGGCCGAUCGAUACUGUAAAUAGAAAAUUUGCAGUCUGGUUCUGUAUGCAGAUUGAUGUUUGGAGUUCGAAUUAAAGACUUUUGCGUUAGUCUACCUGAAACGAGUUCACCAUAUAUGUUUUCAUUGCUUACUUAAAUCAGCUAUUCUCUUUUUUCUUCUGACUUCACUCAUAUAUUCUGUAACUUAUUGAUUUGUGUUAUGUUAGUGAGUAUCGGAAAAUUCACUACUUGGUAGUGAUCUUUGAAUUAAACAAUGUUCGUUGCAUAUGUAGGACGAUUGUAGAUUUAUGUUGCAGAGAAGUUGAAAGUUGAAUAUUUGGUAGU